CAGACACACAAAGCGACAUCGGGAGAACAAAAUGUCCACCUCAGAAGAGAAAUCAGUUUACUUAUAAGCUUUUACAAAUACGGAUUCAUAGUUAAAACGCGGUAGCCAUUUAAACUGAACUGGAAAUGUCUGGGGUUGUGAAUGACGGUAUUGACAAGGGUUUAUCGAUGGAAUCGGGUGACAGAAUAGAGAGGACAAUAGAUAUCUACAUCACUGCAGAGGCUGUAAGAAACAUGAAGCAUGGCAAUAAUACAAAGGACUUUGACACUCAAAUAUCAGAAACUCAAACACCUCAACACACAGGAAGAAAUUCUGUCAAAAACAGAAGCUCCAAAGCAGCUCUAGUGUGUUUGGUGCUGCUGUGUUUUCUUCUGCUGACUGCAGUCAUAGUGCUGAGUGUCUUCAUCUAUACAAACAACACAAACUACACUGAAGAGAGACGCCAGCUACGAACCAACAUCGCCAACAUCACAGAAAAGAGUAAUCAGUUAAUACAAAACAACACAAAUCUCUUGAAUGAGACAGACCAGCUAAAAUGGAAGAAGGAAACUCUGCUGAAUCAGCUGAAAAUAAUUCUGACUGCUGAUGGAUGGAUUUACAAUCAGUCCAGUUUUUACUACAAGUCCAGUAUAUUAAAGACCAUGGAUGCGAGCAGAAGUGACUGUAUAGCGAGAGGAGCAGAUCUGAUCAUAAUAAACAACUCAGAGGAACAAGAUUUUGUCAAGAGAAUGUCUGGUGGUGCUGCAGUCUGGAUUGGUCUGAAUGACAUUGUAGCUGAGGGCACAUGGACAUGGGUUGAUGGCAGUGCACUGAACAAUAAUUUGAGCUUCUGGGCAUCUAAAGAACCAAAUGGACUCAGAACAGAGAACUGUGCAGUGUCUGCUGAAAAAGUGUCAGAAUGGCCUUCUUUGUCAGGGUGGGUUGAUAUCACAUGUGACAGAACAUUUCAGUGGAUCUGUGAGAUGAAUAUUUCACAACUCAUAUAAAACUUUAGUGAUAACUGACUUACAUGUAAAGCAGUGUUUCUCAUCCCUGAUCCUCAUUGUCCUCCAACUGCUGCACAUUUUCUUUCUGAUUUCUUCAAAUCAGUUCAGGCUGAUAUGCUAAAUUACAGACUCAAGCGGAAUGUUUCCAUCCAACCAUAAUCACCUUUUUCCUCCCAUAUUAUGUGUUUAUUAUUCAGUUAUACAUGAACAGUCCUUGAACAUCACUCUAGUACUUAACAGAAGUCUCACUAAAAUCAAACAUUAAAAAGGCAUUUAGGCACCAGCAUUAUGAUCAAGAUUCAACAGUUAAGUAUGGUGAGAUUAAUCCUCUAGUAUGCAAAACUCAACUAAUGAACAGUUUGAGGAUGUACUGUAAACUGCUGAUAUUAGAAAGAAAUUUACAAAAAGGACAUGCUACCUGCCAUGGACAUUCUACAUUCAAAAGUUAUCACUUGAUCAUGUGCGUCAAAGUGUUGGACUAAGUCAACCAAUACAACAUCUUACAAUAUCUACUGUAGUAUGAAGCAUUGUUAU